AUAAUGUUCAUGAUUUAGCCAUAUUUUUAUUAGCAGGCAAUUAAAACAAAAAGUUAAUAUUUAUACAGACUAAUAAAACUAUGAAAAGAAAUCGAGAAAUUGAGCGCUUCGAGCUUUUAACUUUUCUCUCUGUUUUUUGGGGUUAGUCUUCGGAGAUGUUUCGGCAGGUGAACGUACGUGUGACGUGAACGUAGAUGGUUUGCUUCUUCAACAUCUGCACCUCUAAACUACUAUCUCAAUGUUACGGUAAUAAAGUGUUCGUUCCGUUGAUAAUGCCAAAACGGUAUAGAAUACAAAGCUUCCCUGUAAAGAAAAAAUUGAAACUGACAGACAAUUCGAGUGGAAUCAAGAAGCCGACGAUCACCACGAGUGAAAAGUCUAACCUCACAAAUUCAACAAAUCUCGGUAAAAUGCAGCGAGCAAAUUCUUUGUAUUCUAAUAGUUCAAACACCGGGCCUCCCAAAUUGAGUAAUUUAGAAACGCUUCAUAAUGAAAGAGACGUUAAAGUUGUUUAUCUUGACGUUCCUGUAAAAUCGGAGAAUGACAAGAAAGAGUACAGAGUAAUUCGAUUGGAAAAUGGAUUAACGGCUUUGCUAAUCGCUGAUGUGCACUCCUCUGAAGCCUUUAAAAAUGGAUUUGGAGACACAGGUGCAGAAUCGGCUUCUUCAAGUGACGAUUCGGAAGAGAGUGACGCAGAUGACGAAGAAAGUGAUGAAACUGAUGAAGACGAUGAUGAUGACGAUGACGAAGUAACGGACGAAUUCAAAGAAGCAGGCGAAGAAGAUGCAAAGUGUCCAAUUUCAUCGAAACGUUCCAAAAAGGAAGAAAAAAUGGCUGCUUGUGCUUUGUGUGUCGGCGUUGGAAGUUUCAGCGAUCCUCCGGAAAUUCCAGGAUUGGCUCAUUUUUUAGAGCACAUGGUAUUUAUGGGCUCAGAGAAAUAUCCCGAGGAAAAUGAUUUUGACGCAUUCAUAAAAAAACGAGGAGGUUCUGACAACGCAACGACAGAAUGUGAGCAAACAUCAUUUUAUUUUGAAAUUCAAGAAAAGCAUUUAUUCCCUGCAUUGGAUCGUUUCGCUCAGUUUUUUAUCAGUCCUCUCAUGAAAAGGGACGCCAUCUCUCGAGAACGCGAAGUCGUUGAAAGUGAAUUUCAAAUGGCGUUACCCUCGGACUUGCACAGAAAGGAGCAAUUGUUUUGCAGUUUUGCAAAACCCAAUCAUCCUGCCACCAAAUUCACCUGGGGAAAUUUGCUGACACUACGAGAUUCUGUUCGGGACGAUAAACUGUAUGAACAACUGCACAAAUUCCGGGAAAGACAUUACAGCGCUCACAGAAUGACUUUGGCGAUUCAAGCAAGACUUCCCUUGGACAAAUUGGAACAAUACGUGAAGGACUGCUUUUCAGAUGUGCCAACUAACAAUUUACCAGGAGACGAUUUUAGUAAAUUUAAAGGAGCCGAUUCAUUUGAUACUCCCGAUUUUCGAAAAAUGUACAAAGUUAAACCUUUUAAAGAUGUCUGUCAGAUAGAAUUGACGUGGGCUAUGCCUCCUUUGCACCAUCUCUACAAAAGUAAACCCCACCAGUAUGUUUCCUAUAUCGUUGGGCAUGAAGGAAAAGGAUCGUUGAUCAGUUAUCUACGAAAGAAGAUGUGGUGUCUCGACAUUUUCAGCGGGAAUGCGGAAGGAGGGUUUGAACACAGUUCGAUGUAUGCGCUUUUCAGUUUGUCUCUCAUUCUCACAGACGAGGGCCACGAGCAUCUGAAGGAAGUCCUGGACGCUAUAUUUUCUUACCUUAAUAUGCUGCGAAAAGGAGGUCCUCAGAAGAGACUCUACGACGAGAUUGAUCUCAUUGAAAAGACAAAUUUCAGAUUUGCGGAUGAAGAAGAACCAUCUGAUUAUGUAGAAAGUCUCUGCGAAAAUAUGCACUAUUACGCACCUCAGGAUUAUAUAACAGGAAGCGAUCUUUAUUUCGAGUACAAUCCGAGUGCCAUCCAGGAUUGUAUGGACAUGUUGACUCCGGAUAAUGUCAAUAUCAUUAUUUUCGACAAAAGAUUCAACGACGAGGAGUUUGAGAAAGUUGAGCCCUGGUUCAAAACAAAGUAUGCGGAUGAGGCAAUUCCCCCGGAGUGGAUAAAGUCGUGGAAAACCGUUGAGCCCUUGGCUGAGUUUCAUUUACCGGAGCCCAACAUCUUCCUCACGACCGAUUUUAGUUUGAUUCCUAUUCCCGAGAAUACUCCCAAGUAUCCGGUUAAAGUUCACAGUGACGAGAUUUUAGAAGUUUGGUACAGGCCAGAUCCGAAAUUCCGUCUGCCCGAGUGCUUCAUGUACUUUUAUUUAAUUUCUCCAUCCUCUGUCGCCACUUCUGAAAGCACUGCGAUGAUGGAAUUGUUUGUCGCGAUACUGAAACACCUUCUAGUUGAAGAAACUUACGCAGCAACUGCCGCUGAACUUAACCACAGUAUUUACGCAAGCGAUAAAGGCAUCGUUCUGAAAAUCGAUGGGUUUAAUCAAAAACAACCUAUCUUGCUUAAAACGGUACUAAAAUCCUUGGCCAAUUGUUCGAAUCUAGUAUCGGAAAACUUGUUCGACAUCAUGAAAGAAGAGAGGCUAAAAGCUUAUUAUAACACCUUCCUGAAACCCAGUAAACUUGUCAAAGAUUUGAGACUGUCUAUUCUGCUGCUGCAUCACUGGACAUCGACUGAUAAACAUGCGGCAAUCAGUGGCAUAGAUUAUGGCCAGUUUCUGAAUUUUGCGAAGCACUUUGCGGAUCAUCUCUAUAUUCAGUGCAUAGUUCAAGGAAAUAUGACGAAGGAGGAUGUUGUUAAAAAUGUUAAAAGCUGCGUGGAGAUUUUAAAAUGCGGUCCCCUUUUGCCAAAUACAAUGCCAGAAUUUCGAGUAACGCAAAUACCAGUGGGUGUUCAAUAUUGCCGAGUGAAGAAUUUUAAUUCAUCGGAUGCUAACUCUGUCGUUACGAAUUAUUAUCAGUCGGCUACUUCGAGUAUCAAGCUUUCGGUUAUUAUCGAAUUGUUGUUGAUGAUUAUGGAAGAGCCUCUAUUCAAUCAGUUGAGGACUCUGGAACAACUUGGUUACAAUGUCUUCUGUCUGAUGAGAGACACAUUUGGCAUCCUCGGAUAUUCCAUCACAGUCUGCACCCAGGCAACGAAAUAUACAACCGAGCACGUCGACGACAGAAUAGAGGAAUUCAUGAAAUCAUUUAAUGAAAUCAUGCUCAAAAUGACCGAGGAGGAGUUCAGCAACGUCAAGGAAGCACUCGUUAAAUUAAAACAGUGUGCCGAUAUUCAUUUGAAGGAAGAGAUCAGCAGAAACUGGGCUGAAGUGACAACUAGAGAGUAUUUAUUUGAUCGAAUCGAACGAGAGAUAGCGGCUGUGGACAGUAUAACCUUGAAAGAAUUGAGGAAUUGGAUCAAGGAUCACACUAAAAAAGGCAACAACUUCCGAAAACUCAGCAUCCAAAUUGUCGGAUGUGCUGAUAAAAAAGAUGACGCUGACGUUUCCUCAGACGUUGAAUCAAAGACUGAAUCUCGGGAAAAACCAGUUCAAGAGAAAACUCGUGAAGAUUUUACAGUCCGAGUAAAGGCAAAAUUCCCCUUAGAGUAUUUGACGAAUUCGCCCGAUGAAGCGGAAAAACCAGACGAAUGUUAUAUUUUAGACAUUGAAGAAUUUAAAAAGGGUCUUCACGUGUAUCCGAUUCAACGCACAACUUUGUGACGAAAUUCUUCUUGAGAGAGUUAAGAACUAGACCAAUUAAUUGUUUAUUUUUAUCCGCUGAUUUUAGUAUGAAUAAAGGUUUCUAUUAUUUAAA